CCUUUGUUCCAGUCAGCCAAUGGGAGCUGAGCAGAGAGGUGCGGGUGAGGAGGUCUUACACAGAGGAGCUGCUGGGGAUCGAUUUCAGUGCUCCUCCCUCCUCCUCCUCCUCCAAUCAUAACCCUUUCCUGAGGUCCGCCUCCUCCGGUGUCCCUGCAGACCCUCUCAGCAGGAUGAUGGGGAGUCUGAGUCUGGAUCCUGAGUCCAGCAGAGACCGUGGGAGUUCUGGUUCUGGAUCUGGAGUGGACCGGGUCCAGGUGCGGAGGAGUAUAGGAUCGGACCUCGCCCCCCCCCAGGCGCUGGCUCGGCUGCCCCCGGACCGGGCGGCCAUCUUCCUGUCUCUGCUGAGCCUGGAGGGGCGGAGCUUCAGCCCAGAUGACAUUAUGGAGGCGGUCCAGCUCAGCACAGACCUCCCAUCGGCCCUCCGGUUCCUGACUCAUUGCUGCCCCCUCUGCCAGGACCAGGUGUCCUUCAGUAAGAUCAUCACCAUGACUCACUGCUCCUGCUUCCUGUGUCAGACGUGCUUUAAGACGUUCUUCUCGACGGCCAUUAAAGAGAAGAGCGUGGACCAGCUGGUCUGUCCUCAGUGCGGCCGGCCGGAGGUCAGAGGUCACGGAGGGAUGGAGGAGUCCAUGGACUACUUUAACCUGCUGGACACACAGAUCCGACACUUCCUGCCGCCGCAGAUCCACGAGCUGUUCCAGAGGAAGCUCCGAGACCGAGCUCUGCAGGAGAUGCCCAACUUCUGCUGGUGUGCUCAUUGUUCCUUCGGGAUGCUCCAUGAGGCGGACCGACUGAGGAUGGACUGUCCCAGCUGUAAGAAGAGCACCUGCUCUCAGUGCAGAUCACCUUGGUCCCCUCAGCAUCAGGGACUCUCCUGUCAGCAGUUCCGAGUCUGGCAGCAGCAGAACCAGCCGGACCAGCACAGCGCUCUGCUCCACCACAACAGCAUCGAGUGUCCCAGGUGCCAGUCUAUCUUCAGCCUGUCUAAAGGAGGAUGUCUUCACUUCACCUGCAGUCAGUGUCACCAUCAGUUCUGUGGAGGCUGCAGCCGACCCUUCAGUCCUGGAUCCGCCUGCAGGUUCUCUGCGGACUGCGGUUCUAAAGGUCUGCACGCUCACCACCCCAGAGACUGUCUGUACCACCUGAGAGACUGGAGCGUUCCGCGCCUGCACCUGCUGCUACAGUACUACAGAGUGUCCCCUUCCUGGUUGGAACCGGCUGGUGGCGGGUCACCUGACGCCGGGUCACCUGACCCCGGGUCACCUGACGCCGGUCCCACAGGUGAGCUCUCAGGUGGUUGUUCGGUGGAGCUGAGAGACGACGGCAGAGAGGAACCCUGCGGACUGCCGGCCCCCCCUGAGUACCGAGGAUACUGCCAGAUCCACUAUAAGGAGCGUUUGGUGGAGCUAAUUAACCGUUGCCGUGCCGACCCGGCGGUCCUCUUCAGCCCGGGGGAAAUGGUGGCAGAGCUGCAGCGAUGGCUCGUUGCCGUGCCGACCAGGAAACCCGAGGAGCCAGAACCGCUCUACGCACACCGCCUCCGCAUGACACUGACCAAUAGCGUUCCUCUUCGGAAGCAGCGACGCUCUCCGCUCAAACUGCACGAUGACCUUUGCCCCCUGACCUCGGCUGUGGCCGCUGGAGCUCCGCCCCCUCACCUGCUGCUGAGUGACUCCGCCCCCUAACACACCAGCCAAUCAGGAGGCAGAACUCUGUCACCGUAGCAACCAACAAGAGACUUCCUCCUGCGGUGACAUCAUGCACCGAUAAAGACCAAUCACCUGUCUUAAUCAUGGUGACAUCAUCCUGCAGGUGGCUUUUGAUUGGUUGUUUGGUCAGAAAGACUUUAACGAGCUGAAUGCUAGCACUGUUAGCGCCUGCUAGUACUGUUAGCACUGUUAGCCCCUG